AUGACUGAAACAUUAACAACAACAGCCACGUCGGUCGUACCGAUAACAUCGACAAAAACUCCUGUUGUUCGCUUCAAUAUCGAUCAACAAUGUCCUAUUCAAUGUGUCACUGUCUAUAAUGAUCGUGCAGAAGUAACACGAAUACUACGACAUCAUUUCGAUACCGAAGGCACUCAUGAACUCGUGCUCAAUGGUUUCUCAAUAUUUGUAGAUGAAACAUCGUUACAUGUCAGUGGUGGAACAGGUAAAUCAUGCACCAUUCUUGAGGUAUCACAUCAAACGCGGCACGAAGAUAUCGCUCCGCCAUCAGAUUUGACGUCUCUCGAUCAUCUCCAAAGUCAACUUGAAAACGUGCAAAUUGAAAUAGAGGCACAUAAACGUGAAUUCGCACGAAUUACAAAGCAACGGGUAUGGCUCGAUGGACGUUCAACCAAAUUAAUGAAUCAAGAUGGACCAUAUACAGCUAAUGAUCCAGAAAAUAUACAGCAAUUUCUCGAGUUUUAUCACAAAACAUUAUUGAAACUCGAUGAUGCGACAGCGCGCGAAGAAGAUGAAAUUAAGAAGUUAAAUGAUCGUCAGGAUGCUUUGAAAGCACAAACUACCCAGCAUGGCGCUGCAGCUCAAGCAAAUCGACGAAAAACAUAUCGAGAAAUGACGAUCACAGUUCAUAUUGCCAUUAGUAAAAUUGAUGUGGCACUCGAAAUUUCCUAUUUGAUCGGUAAUUGUUCUUGGAGUGCGAGCUAUGAUGUUCGUGGCAAACCACACAAGGUUACAAUUGGUGUUCUAGAACUUACUUCAACAUUUACGUACACGGUUGUGCCGAAAAUAUCACUUUAUGCAUAUCUCAAAGCAUCAACAGUGAAUAUGUCCGAUAAACAACUUCUCGCUGGACCGGUAUCCGUAUUUAUGGACAACAAUUUUAUCACACAUAGUUCGAUUGACAAUGUCUGUAUUGGUGAUACAUUCGACCUUCCACUAGGUACGGAUGCAAGUGUCAAAGUGGAAUAUAAGCCGAUAAAGAAAAUGGUUGAUACACAAGGUCUCAUCUCGAAAGUGCAUCAUGAGAGGAUUCGCCAUGAAACACAUAUUAUAAACACUAAAUCAACCGAGAUCACAGUGUUUCUCUAUCAACAAGUGCCUCUAUCUUCUGAUGAGAAGAUCAAAGUGAAAUUGGUCACACCUGAUCUACGACAAAAGGAACAUGGACGAAAUUGCACGGUGACAAUGAACGAUAGAAACAAUUUAGAAUGGAAAUGUGUAUUGCAAGCACAUGGAGAAUAUCGAUUUCCGUUAGAUUAUACACUCGAAUGGCCAAAAGAAAAACGUGUAGAAUACAAGGAAGAAUAA